GAGGACGCAGAGCAGCGGACCUGAAGCUGCAGCAGGGAACUGUCUUGACUUUGCUCUUUGACAGUGAAACCGUGGGAGCGCUCUAAUUGGCGGCCGUAAAAACAGAGGAAGUAGUUUCUUCUCUUCAGGGUUUCAUUGGCAGAGACGCUGAAAGAUAAUUAAGUGCCGUUCUUGUCUCCACGAGUCGCUGUUUUGCUUCUUUUUUUUUAAACAAAAUUAUUUAAGAAAAGACUUAACGGCAGUGAGACAAUGUCCUUCAACAAAGGUCCUGCUUAUGGGUUAUCAGCUGAGGUGAAGAACAAGAUUGCACAGAAAUAUGACCUUCAGAAAGAGGAGGAGCUGAGGAUCUGGAUCGAGGACAUCACCGGCUGCGCCAUCGGCCCCGACUUCCAAAAAGGCCUGAAAAGUGGGGUCAUCCUGUGCGAGCUCAUUAACAAGCUGCAGCCCGGCUCUGUGAAAAAGAUCAACCAGUCAGCCCUGAACUGGCACCAGCUGGAGAACCUGACGAACUUCAUCAAAGCCAUCACAAGAUACGGCCUGAAGCCUCAUGACAUCUUUGAAGCCAACGACCUGUUUGAGAACGGCAACAUGACGCAGGUCCAGACCACGCUGCUGGCCCUCGCUAGCAUGGCUAAGACCAAAGGUUGCCAGUCACGGGUGGACAUCGGCAUCAAGUACGCAGACAAACAGCAGCGGAUGUUUGAUGAGGAGAAGAUGAAGGCGGGACAGUGUGUCAUCGGCUUACAGAUGGGGACCAACAAGUGUGCCAGCCAGGCCGGUAUGAACGCGUACGGCACCAGGAGGCAUUUAUAUGACCCCAAAGUUCAAAUCCAGCCCCCCAUGGACAACACCACUAUCAGCCUGCAAAUGGGAACCAACAAGGGAGCCAGUCAGGCCGGGAUGACUGCUCCUGGGACCAGGCGGGCCAUUUACGACCAGAAACUGGGCACAGACAAGUGCGACAACAGCACCAUGUCUCUACAGAUGGGCUACAGCCAGGGAGCCAAUCAGAGCGGGCAGAACUUCGGCCUGGGCCGGCAGAUCUACGACUCCAAGUAUUGCCCCAAAGCCGGAGAGGUUCCCAACGAUCAGAACGGAGCCGGCAGCGGCCGCGACUACUACCCCGACAACGACGAGGGUUACCAGGGUUACCAGGAAGAGUCCCAUCAUCAGCUGUACCAUGAGGAUGGGACGGAUUAUUAAAAGCAGUGGGUAGAGAUGGGAGAAAAAAGGCAGGUUAGAAAACCUGGAGGCAGGCAGAUGGUUUAUUUUUAUACCCACAGGAUGUUGGAUGCCAUCCUUUAGUAUUUUACAAAUCUGCAUCUUUAGCCCUGAAUAAUAAACAUAUCAUGAUGAACUGUAUUUCUGAAUUUUCUUUUUUUUUUUUGAGCAAUCCUUUCGAUUUAAAACCAGCGGUUUGAUUCAGCUUGUUUUUUUAUUAUGGGAACUUUUUGUGCCAAAGUUACAGAAAUGUUUUGUCCCAAAUGCCUUUUUUAAAAUUUUGUAUUAUUUGUUACAUGAAGGGAGAAACCCCGAAUAAAGUCCUAUAAUAUGUAAUAUUUGUUUUUAGGGAGAUCUGUCUUCGCUGUAUCUUUAGAAUAUUGCAUCAUGUAAACAUCCGUUCCUGUGAAUAAGAUUGUGCAUUUCCUCUUUAUACUGUCAGUAUGUUUCCUCCUUCAGUAUUGGUCGCUGAUCUUAGUGAAGUUAGUUUUUCUUAUGAGGGAUGAAAUAUUGAUCGAUCUCACAGUGGAGAAAUUUACUCGUUAGAGAUACGAAUAAUUUGUUGGAACAAGCUUUUUAUUUUUCUUCUCUUACAAACUUUUAUCUUUUUAGUGAAGGAAAUGGUUUCCUUGUUUGCAUAACCAGUCCAACUGGAGAUUUGUUUUCUUUGGACCAAAGGCAGGAACAGGAGUUAGAAACAUUCCAAGCAAGAAUACUGGAUUAACUUUAGCUUUGUGUUCAGUGACUGAAUAUUUCAUGAACAGUUGUUGACAUGCGAACAAACCUACCAUCAUGUUUGAUCAUUUAUGUUGCUAUUUAUGCCGAGUUAGAACAAUGUUUUUUUUUCUCUCUCUUUGACAAUGGAUUAUGUUUUCCCCCUCUCCAAUGAUGUUGGGAAGCUAAACAUGUGAAAGUGGUUUAAUAAAAUGUAUUCAUUA